AUGAAAGCACUUUUCAUCGGUGUAAUUUGUAUUUUAAGUGUCCUUAUAUCACAUGGAUACAGCACACCAAGUGAAAAGAGACCUGAAAUUCAUCCAAAAUACGAACGAACGUAUCUUGACCUGCUGCUGCCUGAAUAUUUGAGAGAAAAUAAUUUGACCUUCCCUAAAGGUGAAUAUUUGAGAGAAAAUAAUUUGACCUUCCCUAAAGGAGUUCCUAAGGUUACUAUUUUUGAUAAACAUGAGGAAACCGAUAAGAAAAACAAAGCUGUUGAACACAAUGCAAAAGAAAACAGUGAUCAAUGCAAAGGAGGUGAUAAAUGUGAAAUGAGAAACAAAGCUGUUGAACACAAUGCAAAAGAAAAUAGUGAUCAAUGCAAAGGAGGUGAUAAAUGUGAAAUGAGAAACAAAGCUGUUGAACACAAUGCAAAAGACACCAAAAAUGAAAGUGUUUUAAAAUCGAUUUUUCUAUUCGAUAAACCACUAGUACCAUUGUGGAUAACUAGCCCAAUAUAUUUCAUUUGCGAGAAAAUCUUUCAAUUCAUUGCCUACCUUGCGGGAGACGAUGAAUAUCGUGAAAUAGGACCAUUGGAUCAAUACCUGAUAUAAAUGUAUAUGAGGUCAGCUUCAUAAUGCUGAUCGAUUAAUGCAUCUAUGCACAUAAUACUGUCAAGCUUUUUCAUUAACUGCAUCAAAUUGUUUGUCUAUAUUUGAGUGAAUACUCUUUCUAAUAAAUUGGAAAAAACA